CAAGAUUAAUUUGUUUGUAAGCAGAAGUAUCAUUUUUAUUAUUUUGCUAGAAAUAAAAUACAGCAGAUUGUUCCGAAAUAUCAGAAAAUUGAACAAUGCAAGUUCCAAGCACGGAUCCCUCCAAGUACUGCCGACUUUGUUUUUCCCAGCAGCACAUCAAGUGUGAACUUCAGUUUUACCAGAACCCGUUAGUUAAUCAGAUUACCGAAUGCCUAGGACUAUGGCUCUCUGAGGAAGAUGAUUUCCCUUGCUCUAUAUGCCGAGUUUGUGUUGCUUCGCUUGAGAUUUUUCAAGCAUUCCGUGAGCGCAGCAAUGAUUGCGAUUUGGCUCUGCGUAAAAGCCGUAUGAAUUUGGUGGAUAAAGUAACCAUUCCAGUGGAUGCUAUUAAGCAGGAAAGUCCCUGCUCUAUAGAUGACGAAGGACAACUGCUGGUUGACGAAGAGCUAAUUUUAGGUUCAACAUCGCCACCUCCUUUGGUUGAAGGAAAUGAUGGCAUUGAUAGCAACGUCAGUAUUAAAUUGGAACCCUCCGCUGCGAGUUCUACGGUUCAAAUGCCUUCAAAGAGACAUUUGAAAAUACGAGUAGUUCCGGCGGACGACAGAAGGCUUAAAAAGCGAACAGUUUCAAAACGAAUGUUUGAAGCACCUACGUAUACGUGUGAAAAGUGCAAUAACACGUUCGCUUUUAAAGGAAUGCUAGCGAAACAUACAUGUAAAUCUGAAGUAAGCUCUUCGGAGAAACAUAAAGUAGGCAAAGUGCCACCCGUACGCCUUAGGCCAUCGAACGUUGUUGUUAUCUCGCCGAAAGAGCUUCGUAAACAAUGGAAUCUGUACAGUGGACCAUCGAUGUCAACAACGGUUUCGCAUCAUAGCAAAUUCUAUUGUAGCAUAUGUCAUACUACGUCUCCCAGCGCAGCAGCGUAUUUCAAGCACCAACAGAGCCAUGGCAAUGCUGGAACAGCUGCUCCAAUUGAACGAAGUUCGAGCUAGAACAUAA